UUCAAACCCUCCAUAUUUGCACACAUUUUAAGCAUCUCCAUUCGACGCCCCUGCUACUCAACGCUACCACCGCUGCCGACGGCACCACAUAAGCCGACGACAUCAAUUCCUUCGACGACGCUAAUACUGUUGUAUCGUCAAGGAUAAUGGCGGUGAGGAUUAGAUUAUCUCGAUUUGGAUGCAAAAACAAGCCGUUUUAUCGAGUAAUGGCAGCUGAUAGCAGAUCUCCAAGAGAUGGCAAACACCUCGAGGUCCUUGGUUACUAUAAUCCCUUGCCAGGUCAAGAUGGAGGCAAAAGGAUGGGUAUUAAUUUCGACAGAGUCAAGUAUUGGUUAUCUGUUGGUGCUCAACCUUCAGAACCUGUUCAGCGAGUUCUUUAUAGAGCAGGACUGCUACCUCCACCACCAAUGGUGGCAUUGGGACGCAAAGGUGGUCCUCGUGACACACGUCCAGUUGAUCCAAUGACGGGGCGUUUUUUGAACCCUGAGAAUUCAGCUGAUGCUUCUAAGUUAAAGAGUGAUGAAGCUAAAUAAAGUGCCCAAGAAACCUCCACAAGCAACCUAGAAUGUCAUAAAUAAUGCUUAAAGCCCUCUUGUAAAGAACUGAUGGUGAAGUCGAUUAUAACUAGUAAUAUUUUUAGAUUAAUUUUUCAAGGUUAUCGCUAACUGGGUUGCUUGCA